CUGCACCUCGUUGCGUGAGUUCCUCUCAUUCAGUUCUCGUUAUAAAUCAUUCCCGGGAAUUAACAAAUAACUCACUCUGAAAAGAGCAUGGCUUCUUUGAGAGUGGUUACUGUUGUUGCUUUUUUAGUCCUACUCAUUUUCCAAUUCUCCUCUGCAGCUAGAACCCUGUCCUAUGGAGAGGGAGGUGGGGGAGGUAGUGGCGGUGGUGGUGGUGGGGGUACUGGAUAUGGCUCUGGGGGAGGAAGCGGCUAUGGCCAUGGAGGUGGAAUUGGAGUAGGAGUUGGUAUUGGGGUAGGUGUUGGAGGAGGUGGUGGGGGUGGUGGUGGCCAUGGCGGAGGUCAAGGCUCAGGGAGUGGUAGUGGGUAUGGUUCUGGGAGUGGCAGUGGGUCAGGUUAUGGUUCAGGGGGAGCCCCAGGUGGUGGUUCAUAUGGGAGAGGUGGUGGAGGUGGAGGUGGAAGUGGAGGUGGGGGUGGAGGAGGCAAUGGAAGUGGGAGUGGAUCUGGAUAUGGUUCAGGGAGUGGCAGUGGAUCAGGUUAUGGCGCAGGGGGAAACUCAGGUGGAGGUUCUUAUGGCAAAGGAGGUGGAGGUGGAGGUGGAAGUGGAGGUGGGGGUGGAGGUGGCAAUGGAAGUGGAAGUGGAUCAGGGUAUGGGAGUGGUAGUGGCUCAGGCUAUGGUGGUGGAGUAGGUGGCAGUGGUGGUGGCUCUGGUGGGGGCGGAGGUGGKGGUGGCGGCGGUGGCGGUGGUGAUGGAGGUGGUGCUGGCAAUGGUUCAGGGUCUGGCUAUGGGUCUGGGUCUGGUUCAGGCUAUGGAUCUGGAGGUGGAGGUGGCCAUAUACCUUGAAGCAAUUGGAAACGUCCCAGAAGUAUGGACUAAUUAACAAAUCUUGAAUCAAUCAUCUCUUCUCUCUCUCUCCCUCUCUAGCUCUCUCUCUCUCCUCUCUGUGCUCUCGUUUAAUGACUGUUGGGUGUAUUUAGAUGUUUGCUCUACUGUGCAACUUUGGAAUAAAUUCGUCAAUCACCAUGCCCAAGGCAUAGAUUGAACGAUGACUUGGAUGUGCAGUUCAUCCAUGCAUGUGGUUGAGUUGUAAGUAAUAAAAUAAGCUAUAUUAAGUA